CAGCGGCGGCAGAACGCGGUGCGGAUCCCGAUGUGUGUGUCGAUCUCCAGAGGGGGAACAGGAUAAUCCUGGUCGGACCUGCAGUGGACUGGAUCUCCGCUGUCUGCACACUCAGAGCCAAGGCGCUUCUCACGUUUCCACCAGGGGAUAUUGUUCAUCUACCCGCCACAGGUCACCUGUAACUGGUUGGAGAGAGGAGAACAAAUGGAGAGGAAGAGGAUGAGAGAGAGAGAGCAGGACCCGUGAGAUUCCUCCUGCACAAUGGGAGCCCUUCGCUUUGCUGGCUUUUGAUUUGAAAAGAAUAAAGGAGACUUUGCUUAAAGAGGGCCAACGGGAUUUUUGACAUCACUUCAGUGUUUUGCCCUUUUAGUGGAAGUCCUCUUUUUCGUCUGCGUAGGAGUAAUCAUGGCUGCACACUCAACAUAAAAACAACUUUCAUCCCUUUGUCUGUCUACGCCCGGCUCCCGCAGUACCCCUCACCUGGUGUCAGCCCAUUGCCAUGGAGAAGACGUACUCACUAACUGCCCACUACGAUGAGUUCCAGGAAGUGAAAUAUGGCGGCCGCUACAGCAGCGACAUCCUCAGCAACGGCAUGACCCUUCACCUGGGGGGCAGCCUGGACCGCCACGCGGGACGGAGCCGGGGAGGGACGAUGUCAAAUGGCAAAAACCGAGACCUAAGCAGCACCAGCAGCGGCGGGGGGCUUCCUCGGUGGAGCCGGAGGGAGAUCUGCCUCCUCUCUGCGCUGGUCUUCGCGGCAGGCAUGUGCGUCAUCUUGGGCAGCAUGCUGGCGCUCAAGUACAUUUCCCUGGACGCCCAGCAGGACCCGCAGUGCCGGCAGGACUGCCAACGCAAGCGCUCCCUGCUGCGGGCGGCGCGCUUCGUUCAGGCCAAUAUUGACCCGACCAUCCAGCCCUGCCAGGACUUCUACUCCUUUGCGUGUGGCGGCUGGCUGAGGCGCCACGGCAUCCCUGACGACAAGCUCAGCUACGGCAUCAUCACCGCCAUCGGGGAGCACAACGAGGAGAAGCUGCAGCGCCUCCUGCUGGAGCCGAUACGGCGGCGCGGCGCGGACUCGGCAGAGCGUAAGGUGAAGGAGUUCUAUCGGUCCUGUGUGAGCAUCCAGGAGAUCGACAAGUUGGGAUCUGACCCCAUGACGGAGGUGAUAGACAGCUGCGGGGGGUGGGACCUGGUCGGGGCUCCUCCCGGUGCCGCCGGGUGGGAGAGGGAGGGCGCCCCGCUGAGGCCGGACUUCAACGAGCUUCUGUACAGGACCCAGGGUGUUUACAGCACCGCCGUCUUCUUCUCCCUCACUGUCAAUGUGGACGACAAAAACUCCUCCAGGAACGCAAUCAGGGUCGAUCAGGAGGGCCUCACGCUGCCGGAGAGAAGCCUCUACCUGGGACAGGAUGAGGACAGUCUGAAGAUCCUGGCGGCGUACAAGGCCCUGAUGGAGCGCUUGCUGAGCAUGCUGGGGGCUCACAACGCCACGCAGAAGUCCAAGGAGAUCAUACAGCUGGAGACGCGUCUCGCCAAUAUCACUGUGUCAGAAUAUGAUGACCAAAGAAAGGACAUCAGCACCAUGUAUAACCGCAUCACCCUCCGGCAGUUACAGCGCCUCGCUCCCGAUCUUCACUGGAAACGCCUGCUGGACAAAAUCUUCCACGACAACUUCUCAGAAGACGAGGAGAUCGUGGUGCUCGCCACCGAUUACAUACAGAAGGUCUCUGACAUCAUCAAGACCACCUCGAAGAGGGUCCUCCAUAACUACAUGCUGUGGCGCAUCGUGGCGGCGCUGAGUGAGCACCUGUCCACCGCCUUCCGCAGCACCAUCCACGAGUUUUCUCGGGAGAUCGACGGCACCGAGCAGCAGCUAGAGCUGGGCCGGCUCUGCCUCACUCAGGCCAACAAACACUUCGGCAUGGCCCUGGGAGCCCUGUUCGUCCAGCAGCACUUCUCCUCGCAGAGCAAGGCCAAGGUCCAGGAGCUGGUAGAGGACAUAAAGCACUCGCUGGACCUCCGGCUGCAGGAUCUGGACUGGAUGGAUGAAGCCACCAAGGAGGCAGCCAGGGCAAAGCUGAAGCACAUGAUGGUGAUGACAGGAUACCCGGACUUCAUGCUCAAACCUGAGCUCAUAGAUCAAGAAUACGGGUUCGAUGUGGACGAGAAGACGUAUUUCAAGAACAUCCUCAACAGCAUCAACUUCAACAUCAAGCUGUCGGUCAAGAAGAUCCGGGAGGAAGUGGACAAGAAUGCGUGGCUUCUCCCCCCUCAGGCCCUUAAUGCCUACUACCUCCCUAACAAGAACCAAAUGGUCUUUCCUGCCGGCAUCCUCCAGCCCACUCUCUAUAACCCCGAGUUCCCACAGUCUCUGAACUAUGGAGGAAUAGGUGCGAUCAUUGGCCAUGAGCUAACGCAUGGAUAUGAUGACUGGGGGGGCCAGUACGACCGCCACGGCAACCUCAAACAGUGGUGGACAGAGGAGUCCUACAGGAAGUUCCAGAAGAAGGCCGAAUGCAUCGUCAAGCUCUACGAUAACUUCACCGUUUACAACCAGAGGGUGAACGGUCGUCUGACGCUGGGGGAGAACAUAGCAGACAUGGGAGGACUCAAACUGUCGUACUACGCGUAUCAGAAGUGGGUGAGGGAACAUGGACCUGAGAGGCCGCUGCCUGGGCUCAAAUACACACACGAACAGCUGGUCUUCAUUGCCUUUGCACAGAACUGGUGCAUGAAGAGAAGAUCUCAGUCCAUCUAUCUGCAGCUGCUGACUGACAAACACGCGCCGGAGCACUACAGGGUGAUUGGCAGCGUUUCCCAGUUUGAUGAGUUUUCCCGUGUUUUCCACUGUCCGAAGAGCUCCCCGAUGAACCCCGCGGACAAAUGCUCCGUGUGGUGACCUCCCUCCCUUCCUCCCCCCCUCCAUCCCUCCCUCCCUCAUCACAUUCAUCAGAGCCGACAGGAUGAUACAGAAAGCCUCUUCUUGCCUAUAACAUUAUCAGAACACUUGUUUUCAAUUAGGAAGCCUAACGUUUGUCUGUACUAACCAAUCUAAAGCAUGGGUCACAUGACCACUGAUCAUGUGCAUAUAUAUCAUUUGAUUAUAUAUAUAUUUUUCUAUGUUUAAAUUUACUUUCAAAUCAUCUAUUUUUGUAUUUUAGCGGAUAUAUCACGUGCAUAGAAUUCAUGCUAUUUUUUUUUUUAUUUUUAUUAAGCAACAUGUUUCCUCAGUUUCUCUUCUUUGUAGCUUCAACUAGAAAAAAUUAAAUAUAUCAGACACUAAAGAUUGGCAGCAAACCAGUGAUUUCAGUCCCCGACAGCUCUUAGAUCAGUAGCAUCCUGAGCCUGAAGGCUGGUGUCCUUUUCCGUUUGCUGUCGGAGGUUUUGAUUUGUGUCGCGACGCUGCCCUCUUGUGGCUGCAGAGAGCCACGACCAGCCGUCACCACUGAUGUAUUGUUUGCCUGCAUUUGAUCUCUCUUGUUGCUGUGAGUGUUUGUACGGUUUAUAAAGAUUUGUCCAACUUUUCUAAAAAACUAAAAAAAACUAAACAAAAAAGAGAAAGGUGAAUGUUUGUUUUCUCAGGAUUUGUAGCGAAGUGCAACAUCAAACGGAGGAUCUUUGCGUCUCGUAUCUACAUUCAACUCUUCAGCCUGAAGUACAAUCACAAAGGAGAUGUGUUCAUCAAACAGUGGACGCUCAAGAAGAGGAAAUCACAGCAACAGCUCGACCCGAUUUAAGAACAAUUCCUACUGAAGACGGAAGAGUCUCUGCUAUUGAAUUGUUCACAUUAUACAAGUUAACUCACCAAAUAACAAGCCAACCCUCUGUACGUAAGAGCAACUAUGACAGGUGGAGAAUCAUACAUUUAUAUACAGUGUUAUCUAAAAAAAAUACUUUUGUAUAAAUAAUCUGUUGGCACAAAAAAAAAAUAAGUAUCUUUGUACAAUGGAGAAGUAUAUCAGAUGUUAUGGUUGUACAGUUUGUUUUGAUGAGAGUGCAUGUUUCCCUCCUGAACAUUAUUAAAUCUGGAUCGAUAUAGAUGGAGGACAACACACACACACACACACACACACACACACACACACACACACGUACACGUACACGUCUGACUCUAGCUGCUAUUUCACACGUGGCUGCUAUCUAUUCCUUCUCUGUUGGUCACCGUUUAACGUUUGAAUAAACACAAAGGAUCACUGUG